CCUGCCAACCACUGUUGCCCCAACAACCACCACCACCACUGUGGCUUCUACUACGGCAAUUAAAACUGCAGGUCCUACAACAACAACCACAACUGCUGCUCCUACAAUGACUACAACUGCAGCAUCUACAAGUACAACCACAAUCGUACUUCCUACCUUGACAACGACAACUGCAACUUUUACCUCAACUUCUAUGGCUUCAGUGACAUCAACAACUAGAUUUGGCACAGUGAUGUUUUUUGUUAGACUGAUGUUCCAGCUCAACACACCAGUCCCCACUAAGGAUGAUGUCCUUGGUGUCGUCGACAAGCAACUGUAUCUUCAAUUCAACAAUCAGACAAACACUCAAACCACCUUCCAGAAUGGAACUUAUAUCAAACUUACAGAUACUUCAUUUGCCGUCGAUCUUGGUUUCAAAAUAACCAAUGUAACCAUGGAGUCGCAAAGCAAUAGCCUCACUCUCACCAAUGAGACCUACAGCCAGAUAGAGGAUUCAAUUAACAGCCUACUCCAUGAUAUUCUUUGUAAACCAGACGGCAAACAGUUUGACUUUCCCAAACCCAACUUCACUACUGUUGGAACUCAAAUCAGGGCAGACGUGAUGUAUGUAUACAAAAAGGAAGACAUCAACCUCCCUAGUGCUUUUCUAGAGGAAGUCUUAAAAGUCUCAGGUCUCCUGCCAACCACUGUUGCCCCAACAACCACCACCACCACUGUGGCUUCUACUACGGCAAUUCAAACUGCAGGUCCUACAACAACAACCACAAUUGCUGCUCAUACAAUGACUACAACUGCAGCAUCUACAAGUACAACCACAAUUGUACUUCCUACCUUGACAACAACAACUGCAACUUUUACCUCAACUUCUAUGGCUUCAGUGAGAGCAACAACUAGAUUUGGCACAGUGAUGUUUUUUGUUAGACUGAUGUUCCAGCUCAACACACCAGUCCCCACUAAGGAUGAUGUCCUUGGUGUCGUCGACAAGCAACUGUAUCUUCAAUUCAACAAUCAGACAAACACUCAAACCACCUUCCAGAAUGGAACUUAUAUCAAACUUACAGAUACUUCAUUUGCCGUCGAUCUUGGUUUCAAAAUAACCAAUGUAACCAUGGAGUCGCAAAGCAAUAGCCUCACUCUCACCAAUGAGACCUACAGCCAGAUAGAGGAUUCAAUUAACAGCCUACUCCAUGAUAUUCUUUGUAAACCAGACGGCAAACAGUUUGACUUUCCCAAACCCAACUUCACUACUGUUGGAACUCAAAUCAGGGCAGACGUGAUGUAUGUAUACAAAAAGGAAGACAUCAACCUCCCUAGUGCUUUUCUAGAGGAAGUCUUAAAAGUCUCAGGUCUCCUGCCAACCACUGUUGCCCCAACAACCACCACCACCACUGUGGCUUCUACUACGGCAAUUCAAACUGCAGGUCCUACAACAACAACCACAAUUGCUGCUCAUACAAUGACUACAACUGCAGCAUCUACAAAUUUGGCACAGUGA